CUAAGCAAGGCAACGUCUUACAAGUUUUAUACACUUUCUGACUUUACAUUCAAGUUUAUGAAUCGUUUUGACGAAAAAGUGCAAUGUUACUUGGAAAGUAUUGAAUAUAAAGUUAUUACAGACUGAAAUACAUUGCUUGUGUUAUUUUGUUGUUCAUAAAUCGUGUGGAAUGUGAAUAAAAAUGAACUUAUUAGAAUCAGUGUAGGUUAUUCGUGCAAGUGAAAGCGCCGGUAACUAAAGGUUUGGAGUAAGUAAGUCGAAUGGGGAGUGAAACAAUUGACAAUCUUCGAAAUUGACAGCCAUGCAGGUCAAUAGAAAUGCAGACUCACAAACACCUCCAGGUGUGGUGGAGCUCCGCGAAGACGUGCCUCUGAAGGCGGGGUCGUCACUCGGCGCGGACGCAGGCGUGCGGUGUUGCGGCGGCGGGCCGCGGUUCAUUCUCGCCUGCUUCGCCGCGCUAUCUGCCGGCAUCACCCUCGCCUUGCUCACGCAGAUAUACUAUGGAGACUACGAGGUGGUGCCACACGGGUCGGUGUCAUCGUCAGCGGCGGCUUGCUCCCGCGCAGGCACUGAUGCGCUAAAGGCCGGCGGACGAGCCAUCGAUGCCGCAGCCACAGCCGCGCUCUGCCUGGCUGUGUUAGCGCCGCAUAGAACAUCACUCGACGCGAGCGGCUCCCUCCUGUACUGGGAGUACAGAACGUCCCACGCGCAAGCUCCAGUACUAACGGAGUGGGGAGGUCCGGAACAGAGUCCCAGCAACGACACCAGCCGACCCCCUCGGUUACUAGCGGCCUUGGCGUCUCUCCACGCUAAGUUGGGAGUCCUUCCAUGGUCUAGGGUACUACAACCAGCUAUUACUUUAGCUAGAGAAGGUUUCCCAGUAUCUGAAGGUCUAUCGAUGUCUGCAGCUGCUAACAACGGAGUCAGUGUGGCACCAGACACUAUACGCAAGGCUCCUUUGCUGGCAGACUAUCUCGAGAAAUUACAGGCAAAUACAAGUUCAGAGCUAGCCAUGUCCUGGGAUAGUGACGAACUGCUCCGCAGCAGCAAGGCUCAGCAGCUAGCAGCGGGUGCGUACAGCGUGUAUGUGGGUGGCGCGGGGGGCGUUGUCGCCGGCACUGGGCUCGCGGUCGCGCUAUUGCCGCCUACUCCAGACCCUGACACUGGCUUCCAGAGAGUUGUAAGUGCCCUGCAACAAGCAUCGCUGCACAGUGAGUGGCCCCCAACAGGCAUCGCCACAGGCUUGGCGGUCGUUGAUCGUCUCGAUACUUAUGUAGCUCUUGUCACUGGUUUGUCAAGACCAUUCGGCUCGGGUCCUGCGGCGCCGGGUGGUUGGUUGUAUGACGAGCCCAAAUCUCAACUGGACCUUGCACCGGCAAUCAUUGUGGAUAAACAUGUUUGUGGAACCAGAUACAUCAUAGGAGCUGAAUCAUCCAGCGCUUUGGCUCAAGGCGCGACCUCUCUUCUGACAGCUGGGAUCGGCGCAGGCGCGGUGGAACGCGCCAGGGUUUCAGUGUACGCUGGGGGUGUUCUAGCUAUUGAAGCCAUGAGGGACCCCCCUACUGGCCUCCCAGUGACCUUGCCAGUCCCCUUGGUCAAUGCCACGCAACCAUACCCUGCUGUAAAUGUGGUUAUGCAGAAAGGAGACGCUUUGCAAUCCCACGCCGAUAGUCGAGGCGGAGGGUUGGCUUCACGGUUCUAAAGAUGAAUUAGUCGUGAAUAACAUUGAUCAGUCUUUUUAGUGGAGAAAUGAACGUGAAUUUGUUUUCUUCAUUCUUUAUUUGAUCCAUGUCAGUACCCCUUUGGCGGCUUAAUAAUAAAGCUGACACUAUGAUCAGUUUGGUCGGUCGUUUCACCAACGCGAGAUAGUGAAGCUAUAAAGAAUACCUUUCAGGACUAGUUUAGUGGAUUAAGUAGUAAUCUCAUAAAAUUAAAAAUAAUACUGCGAAUAAGAAUGGAAACUCCCCUCCCACACUAAUCCGUGUCAGCUGCCAAGCUACAUUUACCUCACCCCCUUUGGGUCUCAAUUUAGUCUAAAUGGCCGUAAGUAAAAAGACUAUCCGUCUCCCUCGCACUUACGGAGUAAAGCGACACAAGGUUAGAAAGAUUUUUAGUAUUAAACAUUGAUUAAUGGAUGUAUGAUUUAGCUUCUAUGUAAUGAAAAUGUAAAAACAAGCUAAAAACACUGAUUAAUGAUCACUCCUAAUAUGUAUUGAAUUAUACGUACUAAAUAAUAGGUAAAAUGCACAAAGCUACUUAUCCAAAGUUCUGACAUUUGAGUGAGAAGUGUACUUACGAAUUAAGUUUAAUAGUAUUAUUAAUACAGUUUACAAUUGUACUUAAAUUAUUAUAAAAUUGUAUUAAAUUAUUGUUGACAUCAAAUGUAUAUUCGAUCUAAUUUAACUAAUUAUAAUAAUGCAUUUUAAUGCUUUUUCUGUUGCAAUUAAA